GUAAACAAAUAUGGCGGCGGGUGAUGGCGGCGGCCGCCGGCGGCCGUGAGGCUCUGUAAACGCCAGUAAACGCCUGUGUCCGCCGGGGCGGCUCCGCCUACUCCUCGUGCAGGGGCUGCGGCGAGGCGGAUCGGGGCUGGUGGUACACAUGGAUGACAGCAAGGUGGUUGGAGGCAAGGUAAAGAAACCAGGCAAACGAGGUCGUAAACCAGCCAAGAUAGACUUGAAGGCAAAACUUGAAAGAAGUCGUCAGAGUGCAAGAGAGUGCAGAGCCAGGAAGAAGCUGAGGUACCAGUACUUGGAAGAACUGGUUUCAAGCAGAGAGCGAGCCAUCUGUGCUCUCAGAGAAGAGCUUGAAAUGUACAAGCAGUGGUGCAUGGCCAUGGACCAAGGGAAAAUCCCCUCGGAAAUAAAAGCCCUGCUAACUGGAGAGGAGCAAGGCAAAGCGCAGCAGAACUCAACCAAACUUGCCAAGGCUGCGAAGACAGAAGCAAACAGCAGCAAUCCCUGUCCUCUUCCUUACCUGCCAGACCCUUGCAGUCCUUUCUCCUGUUUUCCAUCCGCUCUACAGAUAUUGCCCUGCCUGAGCACUGACCACACACAGCCUUCAUGGGUGGAGAACAUCAGUGAAUUGUAAAGGAGAAGCCUGUCCUCUAUGGGGUCCCAAACUGAGUUUUGGCACAGUCACCCUGCAAUUUGAGCUAAAACUGGUUUGCCUGUUCCAAUAGGUGUUCCUGGUCAUCCACAGGGAAAAUAUCUGCAUGCCACAGAAAUGAAGCAACUCGAAACCAAACUCUGUGAAGAUAAUCCCAUCUUUUGAUUUUAUUUGGUAGAAACGAAUGGAGAAAAAAAAAGAAAAAAAGCUUCAACUCUGGGUUUUCAUGAUGAUAGAGUGGGAACUUUCACCACCAUCCCAGUUUUGGACUGCAUUUGAUGCAGGCUCAUGGAGACAGGGGACUGUUAUUAGAGCUGCGUGAAUAAUCUACAGCAAGUAACUGAAUGGAAGUGUUUGGCCUUUUAUCUGUUUGCAAACUGUGAGCUUUCCUGGAUGUUCUUGAAUGUGUUUGUUGUUUGAGAUAAUACUGCCCAUAAUUUGUGUGAAUAAUCAUUUAUUUGUGGACUGCCUACAAGUAUUUAGAUAGUCAAAAUGUCAUUUUUGUUCCAUGGUUACAUGAGUGCAACCCUGAGACUUCCACCAAGAGUACUCACAGUCAGGAGUGGUAAAUUCACUUUCUGUAAAACCUUGUUGAAAUCUUCUCAGAAACUGUCUGUCUUGUCUUGUCUGCUGCAGGGAAAAAAAGGGAGGAAAAUGCAGUAAAAUAACAGGGGAGGUUGGUAGGGUGUUAAAAAACAUUUCCAGGAGACUGCCCUGUGUCUCUGCAGCCAUGGAGGUCUUUGGGGAUGCAGAGAUCCACUGCAGCCCAUGGAAGAGCCCACACUGGAGCAGGGUGAUGUCCAAAGGAGGCUGUAACCCCCUGGGAAAUCUGUGUUGGGACCUGCACAAUGGAGACAGGAGUCCACACUGGAGCAGGUUUGCUGGCAGGACUUGUGACCCUGUGAGGGACCCAGAUUGGAGCAGCCUGUUCCUGAGGGACUGACCCUGUGGAAGAGUGAUCCUCAUGGCAGCAGUUUGUUCAGGGCUGUUGCCUGUGAGAUGGACCCACUAGAGGAGCUCAUGGAUUACUAUUUCCCGUGUCAGGGACCCCAUGGUGAAGCAGAGGAAGGACUCCUCUCCCUGAGCAGCAGCAGAAACACCCUGUGAUGGAUUGACUGGAACCCUAUUCCCUGUCUCCCUGCAGCACUCAGGGAGGAGGUAGAGCUGGGCAGGAGGAAGUGGUAGGGAGAAGGUAUUUUUAAGGUUUUAUUUUACUUCUCUACUGUCCUGCUCUGACCUUGUCAGGAGUAAAGUCAGUUAAUAUCUCCAAGUCUAUUUUGCCCAUGAUGUUAUUUGAUGAGUGACCUCUCCCUGCCCUUACCUCAACCCAUGAACCCUCAGUUAUAUUUCCUCUCCCGUUUGCCAUGUGUUCAUGGGGCCAAGGCAGAGACACAGCAAAUAUUCCACCCACGUGCUCUGUAAGCCACCAGAGCUGGACAGCAAAGGGGUUUUAUAACCAUCUUGUCCUCCAAAAGACUGGUGCAAACCCCAUGUCUGGAGUACUCUGAGCCCUGCCAUGUUGUGACUGCUUGUCCAGGAGCAUCCCAGACAGGUCUUUGACAGUCACCAAACCCUGAUAGCAGCUUGGAGAGGAGUUUCUUUGGCAGCAGUACAGGCAGGACCAAUAAAACUUUGCAGGAACACCUCUUUGCAUGUGUUUGUCUACAUGCACAGUUCAUCCAUUACCCUACCUGCUUGGAUGGUUUUGUGAUAAGGACACCUUGAGGGAUAAAUGGAACAGGGGUAUUAAGGAAAAAGUACUCAAUGAUACAGAGCAACCUGCACCACAAAUGAAGAUGUAUUUUCAGGGGAAAAACAACAUUUUGAAAACUAAACAAGGCAUGAAUUCAUUUUGGGUGUCUGUAAAACUUGCUUCUUCAUUUCCUUCAACUGAUGUUUAUCCAUUGCUUGUUGUUUAUCCAUUGCAUUCUGAAAGCAAUAUUCUACAGAAAAUGAUUUCUUCUGUGUGAGGAAAAAGACACAACUUUGGGGGUUCAAAUAAACUAGGGUGUUUAUUAAGGGAAAAAAAACAAAGGGGAGGAAGGGAUAAUGGGUGAGGGAGAAAAAAAGAAAAGAAAUUUUAAAAAGUCCCGGGUCUGAGGAUUGAGGAAUCCUCUGGCCGAACCAGCGUUUUGGUCCCAAAGCAAGAACUCAGCGGCACUGCAGUGAAUGCAGCUAAUCUGCACUCAAAUUUAUAUAAGAAGUCUCUAAAAGAGAUGUAGACCGAAGUCUGCAGUGUCGGGUCCUCAGCUGCAGCUAAUCCACAGUUAAAGGGCACUUCUUCAAACUUCACAGGUCCUUUUAUAAUCUCUGUCCCCUCAGCUUGUUGCUGGCAGUCCCACCCCUAUAGCUGAUUGGUGCUGGUAACAUCUUCUCCUCCAACAGUUUGCUGUCCUUGGGGUAACUGAGGUUCUGGAGGGAAAGUUCCUCAUUAGUAUUCACCGUUGCCUUGGUGUCAAGUUACAAGUCUUCUGGGGCAGGUUAAAAACUCUUUGUAAAAUGCUGCUGGUGAGGGGAUUUGCUUUGAAAACCUCAAAAGUAACAAACUUAAAAGAGAAUAUUAAACUUACAAACAAUGCAUCAAUAGCAACAAACAAAUGAGUAAGGGACUACAAAAAUAGGGAUAAUGCUUAUGACAAUUAAACAUUCAAUUGGAACACACAAAAACCACAACCAGUACAAUUCUGCAAUGAACAACUUCUAAACAACAACAACCAAUUCCACAUGCAAAAGCCAAUCUAAGGUUUUAUAGAUGACAUUCUGCAAAUAUUUCCCAACUCCUGAACCCUCUGUUUUCAAACAGCUUUUCUCUGAACUAUUGUAUGUGAGUAAGCAUUUCCAAAAUGUUAGAUCUCUUGGCUCCCCAAGGAGUACUGUGGGCUCCGCUUUUCUGUUACCUUGUUAUAGGCUUCUAAGAAAGCUGAUGGACAGCACAUCAGUGACAGUAAAAUAUAAAGUAGUGUGGGAAAAGGUGUGGGCUCAGGUUUGGGACAUGAAACAGGCUGUGACCUCAUGCAACUCUGCUCUGUUUCCUUUCCCAGGCUUUGUCUUUACCAUUUAAAACCAUGAACAUGUGGGGUUUUCUACAAUGCAUGAAGAAAAGAAAAUUAAACUCUUCGUAAUGGAAGGGGGAGAAAAAAAUAACACUGUUCUUUCUUUCACCCUUCCUGCUCUCUUUCUGUGUCAUUUUGCUAGGUGCUUUCACCCUCUUUUCUUCUGUUCUACCCCUCAUUGUGACCUGUGUAUUGUCCCUCUUCUUUGUGUUAUUCUUUCUUCCCCCGUCAGAUUUUAGUGGAAGGGAGUCAUUUGAGGGAGUAAAUCUCUGCCCAUCCAGCUUGUGACAAGUACAGACUGAAAUGAGAGUUGCACUGAAGAUGAAUCCUUUUUUUUUGUGGAAAAUGAAAACAACAAAAGCUUUUUCUCAUAUUAUUGACAUUUUUCAGUGGAUAUCAUCAUUGAAGAGUGAACUAAAGCCAGAACUGAGUUUUUGGCUAUUGAAAUGUUCAGACGAAAAUUUGCCAAUCUCCAAAUUUAUUUUUCCAAUUCUCCAGUUAAAGAACCCCCCCCCAAAUUAUUUAAAGAAUAUUGCCCAUACAAGUCCCUCCUACCCCUGCUAUUUUUUUCCAUUUUGGUCAAAGAACCAAUUUUCCACUUGCACUAAUUCAAUACACUUGUUUUCUUUCAGAAGCCACAUUGCAGUAAAACUGAGAAAGGAGUCCAGAACCAGCUGAUUUAAUGCUUUGCUCACGGCUGUUUGUACCCUUUUUAUUUUGCUUUGCCUGUUUUUGAGCUGCAUUUGGUAGGGAAUGUUUUAUAUGCUCAAGUACAGACAACACUCUAUAAUCCUGCAUUAAUGCUGAGCUGUAUCACCUGAACUGUGGCUGCAGGGGUGCAUUGUGUGGUCCCCCCAUUUCUCAAUCAACUGGUAGCUGGUGGUAGAGGUUCAUGCAUGCAUGAGCUGUAGUUUUUCUUCCUGUGGAGGAGAAAAAUGAUUAAAAAAUUGUUCUCAAUGAGUUAGGCUGAAAUACAGUCUGUCAUUUUGGGCUGUACAUGCUGAGCAUGUGUGUGAAGGGUAAUGGAGGGUUGAGAUUGAUUUGGACCUGAUGAAAAAUAGUGUGAAAUGUUGGUAGUGAAGUCAUGGAGCUCCAAGCCAACAAUUAAGCUGUGUGAAGGCUUCACCCUUUCCUCUUCUGCAGAGGAAGUUAAUUAAUGUAAUUUACUUUGAAAAUCUCAGGUUCUGUUUUUUAAGUGAUAAAAGGCCUUGGGGUCAUGUUUAAAAGUGGGUGCUGUGAAAGGAUGUGGUGGUGGGAUCCAAAGCUGUUGUAAAGGACUGCAGAGGAUCCUUGGACACAGCAUUUCCAUGGAGGAUGAGGGAGAUUUAUUUAAAACCAGCACUGACUUGCACCUUAGACAUGCUGCUGGUGUGCAGCCUGUCUGUCCUUGACUUGCUCACAGCACCCAGCCUGGUGUUCCACGCUCUGGGCUCUGCCUCAGCAUUAAAACACAGGAACAAUGCACAUUCUUCAAGCAAGAUAAAGGAUGCUGGUUCUGGGGCAGGUGGGAUGCUCCUUUCUUGAUUGCAGCCCUGAGGGAUCUGGGAAGGGAGACCUGAACUGGAGCACAGCCUGAGUGCAGGAAGUGUGAGAAGGCAGCAAGAGGGGAGCAGGGGCCCACUGCUAGAAUGUCCUCAACAGCUGUGGAUAUUUAACAAUAUAUUGGACUGAACCAUCCCAGGACAAACCUUUUUGCAAAUGUGGGUUGGAAACAGUGCUUGAAUGGGGCUGCAGUGAAGUUACAGAGCUUUACCCAGGUCCUAAGGAAUUAGGUCACCUUCAUUUCCAGCUAGGACAAUGAUGCCAGUGUCAUUUUGUAAAGAAAGAAACGAGCUGUCUGGUUGGCUUCAGUGCCCCUAGGCACA